AUGCCACGUAGGAAAAUCAACGAAAAUGGGAGUGCGAGUUCGUCAAAUACGGGUUCAGCGGCAUCAGCCACAGCAGCCAAUGGCGCAAAUUCGGCAAACCCACCGAAACCUCGAGCGAGACGCUCCAAAAAAGACCAAAACGCUGCAGCCGCCGCAGCGGUGGCAACGGUUCUGGUGGGGGGUGGCCCAGGAGCAGGUGGACAUCCACACGCACAUCAACAACCGAACGCUGGUGGCACUCUUAUGGGUGCUGCUGGUGGUCCUGGAUGUCUUAUGGAUGCGAAUAAAGUCGACAUGGUCGUCGGCGGUGUGUGUCAAGCGGGCCCGGGACCUGGCCAAGCCCCUCCGUCCAUGUACGAUUGUCAGGUGGUGGCCAGUGUGUCGUCAGCGUCCGUUCAGAUGCUUCACAAUCACAACGGUCUAAUGCCUGGCACUGCGGCUAAUAUGAUGCACGAUGAUGUCGUGUCCAUACCGAUGUCUAGUCAACAACCACAGCAACACAAUCUCUAUACGCCUGCUGGCGCCGCUCAAUGUAUUCCCACUUCAAUUGGUGCUAACUCGGCUGGUGGUGGACCACAAGGUGGCCCACCACCUGACUAUUAUCAAGCCAUUCCACCUGGCUACCAACCUGGACCAAUGCCUCCACCUGGUGCACAACCACUACCACCUCAUGGUGCGGCUGGUCCAGGUGGCCCACCGCCUGGACCCGGACCACCAGGUCCAGUGCCACAGUCGCAACAAGGCCCUCCGCAUCAGUUUAUAGAACCUGAACCACCACAUAGCCCGUAUGUGGGCCAAUCAUCACAUAUGCAACAGCAUAACCAUAUGAUGAUGAGGUAUAGGCAUAUGCCUCCAAUGGGGCCGCCAACUCACCAUCAAGGACCUCCGCCACCGUGCCAAUUGGAAUUUCGAUUACACGAAAUGAAUCGGAGGUUGUUCAUCUUUAGCAAUAGUGGUAUCCAAGACAAGGAUCAUGCUCAAUGGUGGGAUGCAUUUGCUCACGAGUUUUUUGACGAUGACGCGCGAAUGAGUUUCGUUAUAUUCGACGAUCAGAACCCGGGUCAUCACCAUCGUUAUACGAUCGGUCGUAUGUUAAUACCACGAUAUUUUCGUUCGAUAUUCGAGAGUGGUGUCAAAGAGAUGUUCUACGUGAUACGAACACCAGCUCGGGAACAAGCCGGUGGUCCGUGGGCUAUGGUGCUCGACUGUGAUAAUGUUCUGCUCGUCUCUAAACAUGAAAAACCCGUCCUUUCUGAGGUACAUACCGAUUGUAAGUUAACAUGUGAAUUCGUAUUUGAUGAGACGUACGGCUAUCGAAUACGACAAUGGAAUAUCGAGUUGCGGCAUUGUCAGGAGUUUGUGCUCAGGGAUUUGAAUAUGUUGCAGGAUAGUGAGGUGCAGGAGAAGUUGAAGAUGAGUAUUACUAGAACUGGUAUGACACAGAUCACGUUAAACUACCUCAAACUUUGCGUUAUCUUAGAACCAAUGCAAGUCUUAAUGAGUCAAAGUAAAUCACAUAAUAUAGCUCCUCGGGAAUCUCUAAAACAGACCUUAUUUCAAGCUCACGCCAAAAUGCAGCAAUACCAACAACAUCAUCAACAGCAGCAGCAAAUGGCCAUCAACGCGAUGGGUAUUCAUUUGAUUUAUUCGAUUCGAUAG